UGUAUUUGAAAGUUGCUAACGCUUAGCAAAAAGACACAAGCGCCAUGUCUGUACGUCGCAACUUGAUGACGUAGACGUAUUCCUCGUCCAAUUAAAAAGCCGUUGCCCAUGUAGCUAAAGGGAAAGGCUAGGCUAACUAUACGGGAGGAAGAUUUUGUUGAAGAUCUUAUUUUCUCUUUAUCACCCUGAUUCUCAGAAGUCCUCGAGUCCAAGAUGACGUACAGGAGAGACAGGGCUAUACGAGAGGUGUAUGAUGAACGCUUCUUAACAGAGAGACCGGGUCCUUACCCACGAGCAGCUGGAGCAGUGGAGAGAAGGGGCCCCUUUGGCAGGCCAGAAGACGACUAUGGCCGUGGCGGCUAUGAAUAUGAAGGAGGUCCACGUUUUUUCCCAAAUGGAGGAGGCCCACGAAGUUACCACGAAGAUCAGAGGGGCUACCAUGGUGAUGGCCUUCAUUUUCCUGCUGAACGCCGAGCUGGUCCGCCGUCAAGGAGGGAGGACUAUCCUUACAGAGUACCCAGGGAAGAUCCGCACACAGGACGGCCUUUGGAGUUUGGCGCCCGUGCACCACCUCCUCAUAGCGUGCGAAGCCAGGCCAUCUACCCAGCGCCCAGAUCACUCCCAGAGGGCGGGGAGGACACACUCGUGCAAGCCAUCCUCAACCUGGACAGAGGGGAGGACAGAGACCACUACAGGAGAAAGGCGGCCCCGUUCCCCCCGCUCCGAGAGCGUUCCCCUGUGCGCCGGGAGGUGGCCCGCUCCCCUCACAGUCGCUCCGGCUCCAGUGUGAGCAGCAGAGGCUACUCCCCAGACAGAGCCAAGAGUCUGCCAUUUCCCUCACAGCAAGGCAAGAGUGUGGACGGUCCAGAUGGUCACGCAGGUGUUUCUGACCACCUCUGGGGGGCGCUCUUUCCUCAACAGAGUGGACAAGAUGCUUUGGGGUAUGAAGAGACUUAUUCUCAGAAGAUGACUGACAAAAUCCCAGGCCUGUCAAGAGAAGGCUCCCCACACAGCACAACCUCAAACAAGGAGGAGAGCCAUCCUCCAGAAGGAGAGAAAGAGGAGCCACUGGUGGCUCCAGUUGUGGAGGAGAACCAGAAGUUGUCUGCAGAAAACUUUCAAGAGCGACGAGCCCUGGCCAUCUCAGCCAAAGCUCAGGAGAUAGAGAAGGUGUACCGUCAGGACUGCGAGACAUUUGGCAUGGUGGUAAAGAUGCUGGUGGCUAAAGACCCCAACCUGGAGAAGCAGCUGCAGGUUCCUCUCAGGGAGAACCUCGGGGAGAUCCGUGAACGUUGCCUGGAGGACCUCAAACACUUCAUCAGCGAGCUGGACGAGGUGGUUCGGCAGCCAGAACCUUCCGUCUGUGACUCGACCACCCCGUCUACGCCCCUGACGAGUCAUAAACUUUCAAAGACAGGAGUCAAUCACAGCUCGUCUUACUGACACAUUGGCACGGUCUGCCCUCUGUGAGACUGAGCACGGUUGGAUUGACUGCUGAACACGGUGGAUAUCUUGGAUACAUUUUGGAUUGCUGGACUGAACCGAUUCUACAGCACAGCAACCUGAAGAGCAUCUCAACACGGAGGAGAUGCGGUGUUGCUUUGUAUGUGGGGAUGAACAGUGUUAGUUUUGAACAGACCAUUUUUACAUUUAAGUUCUUUGUUGAAAGAUGUUAAUUAUUAAAUAUUCUUGAAAGUUGUUUUUCUAUCACGUUGGCAAAAUAAAACUUGUUGUCCGUAUUUAAAAAGCCACCGGUCUCACAUCACCUCGGUCAACAUGGGUUUCAUUAUUUAACCUGUUUUGAUGAAAAUAUGUUCUGAGAAUAAACCCUCUAGCAUGAUCACACUUUUGCAAAAGAAAAGCCAGAUAAGACAAUGUUUUGUACUAUUUUCAGGUAUGUCGAUCUUUGUUUUGUAGCAGUCAGAUGUAUGACCUGGUGCUGCUAAAUUUACAGUUUUACAUUAUCAUGUGACUUUGUACUGUCUAGAAAUGCCAGUUCGGUUCCUUUUUCGUUGUGUUGUCUGAUUUUGCUUUUCAAACUUUAUAUCCUAUGUGCCUCCUCCUCUCCACCCACCUGAAAAACCUGCACAAAGCUUGAUUAUUUUGAUGACAUUGAGAUAAAGCUUUGCACAAAC